AUGUUUGGAAGCAAAGAUUUACGAAGAUUUCGCUCUCGAUCUGUCUUUUUCGGAGCUAUUCUGGGAUUGGCGAGCAUCUGGAGUUUCUACAAUUUGCUCCAAGUUACGUUACAGACUAAUCCUUUGGAUCAAAUACUAUUGGAGCGUUACCCAACAGGAAAGUGGAUCACAGGCAAUAGCUUUAGAGAAAAUGUCUUCGACGCCAAAAGAGAAUGUCCGGUCUCUCGGAGCGAUUUUCGCUCAGCGAGUGGAGUUUUUGCAAUUAUUGCAGGCUGUGAAAACUCGGGCACCACGGUUACCUCGGAAUUCAUUAUGUCAGCUCCUUACUUGCUUGGAGCAUUUGAAUGUGGAAUCCUGCUGUCACCGACCCCUUCUGAUUUUGUCAACGUCCACCCUUUCUACGAAUGGAUUACUGAUGGGGUAGAAAAAAAUCAAUGGGCACUUUCUACCAUCCAGCGGGAACGUUUGCUCAAUGCGACGUGCCACGCCGAAAUGUACUCCAUGCUGCACAUUUUUUCUCCAGUAUACCGACACUUUCCAGACAGUCUCAUAGUCGACAAAACUCCAGGAUACAUUUACGAGCUAGAUGCUGUCAUGGAUCGGUCGCCGGGAGUUCCUGUUGUAGUCUCGGUGAAGAGUGACGAGGACCAGUUACGAUCCUGGACAAAACGUUACAAGAAACCUGAUCAAACCAGCCUACUCGAACGACUGCAAAAAGCAAAACAAGGACUCCAACGCGCUCUAGACAAGUAUCCAGGUCGUAUACAUGUUGUGAACACAACCGAGUUGUAUAAGGACCCAAACAAGGCAAUGGACCAGGUUUAUGAUUUUUUGGGACUUCAGUGGAAUCCCGAAUUCCUCUCUUUGAAACACUUCAACAUAAAAGGGAAGACAGUAGGGUUUCCACAAGUUCAGCCAUUUGAUGCGGAGUGGCAAUGACUCGCAGGACUGCUCAUUGUGGUCCAUGCCUUGCUAAUGGUUGGCUAGAGAGAUAGCCAUUCUGUUUACAAAAAAGUUGCUGCGCAAACAAUUACAAUCUCUUUACAUAAUCCUGAGACCCAUAACGUGUGGAGCGUUCAAGCUGUAAUAUUUGUUAAAGUGAUUAUAAAUGUUUUUCUGC